AUGAAUUCAUCGAUAAUAUGCCUAAUUAUUGCAUUUGUUUUCGCAAUAGUCAUAUUAGCUCAAGAAGAAUGGAGAGUACCAGACCCACCAGAAAAUGUGAGGUGCAAGACGAAUGGUGACAGCGCUACACUGUGGUGGGAUCCACCAGCAAGCGUUAAUGAAAUUCUUGUACGAGGCUAUACAGUUUCUUAUGGAAUCGGCACCCCAAGUCAAAAAGUUAUAAUUGAAGGCGCAAAUACGAAUGCGUUCACAAUAAAUGGCUUAAAACCCAAUACAACUUACGUCUUUGUGUUAACAGCGUACAAUGAGGCAGUGGGUGAGGAUUCGGAGAAAGUUCUCCUUACAGCAACCACCGAAGCUAAGAAAUCAAGUAAUCGAAUUUUCAAACUUCAUCCACCGACAAAUAUCCGCGGCAAGGCUUUAUCACCAUCAGAAAUUGAAAUCCGUUGGACGGAUCCAAAUCUAAAUUACGAAAAUAUGGUCGAACCACGAUUCCGAAAAAGAAUUUAUAUAAGACUUCUCCGUCGUAAAGCAAAACAUCAUUCAUGUAUUUAUUUAAGAUAUGGCAUUCACAAGUCGACAAUCUUCGAAAAAAUAUCAUCACGCUCACAGCAAAUUGCAAUUAGUGGUUUGCAACCUGGUGCAGAAUAUGAAAUUGCCGUGAAAGUGGUGAUGUCGGACGGACUUGAAUCUGCGUGGAGUAUCCGAGAAUUAAUUAACACUCCAACAGAAGAUUCUGCUCUGCGAUCAUUUCAGCUUAACACUACUUGUAACUUCGAGUUCAGCAUGUGUGGUUUUGAGAGCGCAUUAGAUGCACCAUUAAAAUGGAUCCGAAUUCAUCCAGCUGCAAAUGAACAGAGGCUUUCCAGGCAUAUGGACGGUGGCGAUUACUAUAUGGUACUUCAAAGUUCACCAUCGAAUGAUGACAGAUAUGGUCGUUUACUCUCAAAAUUUUAUUAUUAUAAAAAUGGAUCAUCAAUUUGUAUUAAUAUGAAAAUAUUUGUUCCGCAAAAUAGUUAUGGCGUAUUCACAGUAAGCAUUUUUGCUGAAAAUGGCGAUAUGUUUGCACAUAAUCAAAUAUUAUUUAUUGCAUAUCUCGAAAAAAUCCAGAAGGAACACUGGCAAACGAUUUCUCUUGAUGUGAAAUCUCCAGGAAAAUUUAAAUUGAUCAUAGAAGUACGAAAAAAGGAGGACAAAGAUUUCUCAGUUGCUCUUGAUGACAUAAAUGUGUUCUCAGGAAGUUGUGCAAUUGAAAAAAAUGCCGUUCCUCGAUUGUUGGCUCAGUAUCUCGGUAAAUCUUAA